GGCCAUUCUAUGAGGCCCAAAUAAAAAUCCCACAUUAAUGAUUGCCUAUCAAUUUCUGACGAACACAGCUCCCCUCUUGAAGGUCAGUGCAAACCCUAAUUAUCGCGUGAGAUUGAGAUUGAAAAAUGGUGUGCAUACGAAAGGCGACAAUAGAUGAUUUGCUUGCGAUGCAAGCAUGCAAUUUGCUAUGCCUUCCUGAGAAUUACCAGAUGAAGUAUUACUUUUACCACAUACUUUCGUGGCCUCAGCUUCUGUACGUUGCUGAAGAUUACAAUGGUAAGAUUGUGGGAUAUGUGUUAGCUAAAAUGGAAGAGGAAACCACUGAGUGCCAUGGACACAUCACUUCCCUUGCCGUAGUCAGGACUCACCGGAAACUUGGUUUGGCUACUAAGCUCAUGACCGCUGCUCAGAAUGCCAUGGAACAGGUGUUUGGAGCAGAGUAUGUGUCUCUGCAUGUUAGGAAGAGCAACAGGGCUGCAUUUAAGCUCUAUACAGAGACAUUAGGAUAUAAGAUUCAUGAUAUGGAAGCCAAGUACUAUGCAGAUGGGGAAGAUGCUUAUGAUAUGAGGAAGGAAUUGAAGGGCAAGAAGCACCACCAGCAUCAUCACCACCACCACCACGGUGGUGGGUGUUGCUCUGGUGAGGUGAAGGUAGGACCAAAGGAAGGAGCAGCAGAAACAAAAGCAGCAUAAUUAUAGACCUAAAGUUUGGGACUUAAAUUUCCGCGAGUCAAUUUGCGCUCAAGAAAUAUAUGUUACUAAUGUAUGUUUUCUACAUGAAACAACUACACCUUGUAAGGUUGGAUCAUUGAUACAAUUAAUGCUUUUGGUUUUCCUGAUAUUGUAGUCACCUUUCAUAUCUAUUUGGAAACUAUUGAAAUAUGAAUUUCCAAAAGUUAUCCAUCUUGAUUAAAUACGUUGCAACAAUUUUACCUUAUUGUAUUUU